AUGGAUAGCAUGAGUGAGGCAUUUGAUCAAAUGCAAAUGGUCAAGGAUGUUCUAGCCAACAGUGAUAAAGUUUCAGAGGUCCUACAAGAGUCUACUCAUCAGUUCAACCUGCUUACUUCACCCACCUUCCUACCAAAGGUCAAGGAUCAAGGGAAAUUCACUCUCCCUUGCACACUUGGGCAUCUUGAGCUUGACAAUGCCUUAGUGGAUUCUGGAGCAAGCAUCAAUCUGAUCUCUCUCUCCAUGGCAGAGAAGCUAGGCAUAGCUGGAGCCUUGCAGCGCCCUACUACUUCAAUCAUGUUUGGAGAUGCAACUUCUAAGUCUCCUCUUGGAGUGUUCAAGAACUAUCACUUGAAAAUUGGAGAAUGCAUCAUCCAAACUGAUCUCACUGUGAUGGAAAUGGAAGAAGAGAAGGAUUUGCCUCUGUUAUUGGGAACCCCUUUCCUUAGUACAGUUGGCGCUUCAAUAGACUUUCACAAGCAAGAAGUGAUCCUUCACAAGGUGAAUAGUUUGGUGUCAUAUCGCUUGCAGCCUAGAGGUUCAGACUUUUGUGCCACAAUUGACAGUACCAAUCUCAGUUCUAAGAGUCAUGGAGCUACAAAGGUUGUGAAGGAAAGGGUUGACAAAGAACCAAGAGUUGGGAAGGAUAAGGAUGAGAGAGGACCAAGGAUUGAGAAGCCACGUCUUGAGAGGGCUAGAGUUGAGAAACCACGUCUGAUAGGCCAAGAGCUGAGCGACUUGUUCAAGCCCCUUGUGUGCUUGAUGAAGAGAGCCUUCAAGCUUUGUUUGAUGAGCCACUAG